CUGCACCGUUGUUCUCUCACUUCGGCUGAAGAUGGGUGAUCGGUUCUUUCCGAACGAUAUGCCACGCUUUGUGGCAGAGAGCACUGAACAAGCUUCAACCACAGACUCUCUCUCUACCCUUCUUUCUCUCUCUUACCAAACCCUUUCUGCAAAGUUCCAAGAAGCAGCAUUUCACUUGAAACAAUCGGUGGUGAGGGAGACAUGGGGUUCGAGUGGGAAGCGUGUGAAGGACUAUACCCUUUACACUGGGGCGCUUGGGACAGCAUACCUGGUUUUCAAGGCCUACCAAGUAACAAAGGAUGGGAAUGAUCUUUUCUUGUGCUCGGAGAUUGUUAAGGCUUGUGAUUCUGCUUCAGAAAAAUCUGGCCGCGUGACAUUCUUAUGUGGGCGUGCGGGUGUUUGUGCUCUUGGUGCUGUCAUAGCUAAGCAUGCUGGUGAUGAAAGACUACUUGACUAUUACCUGAGACAAUUCGAAGAGAUUGUGAUACCUCGUGAUUCGCCCUAUGAGCUACUCUAUGGCCGAGCAGGUUACUUAUGGGCUUGUUCAUUCUUAAACAAGCAUAUUGGUAAUGACACAGUACCUUCUACCCACAUGAGAUCAGUUGUAGAUGAAGUUAUUACAGCUGGUAGACAAUUGGCUCACAAGGGAAGGUGUCCUUUGAUGUAUGAAUGGCAUGGGAAGAAAUAUUGGGGUGCUGCUCAUGGACUUGCAGGAAUUAUGCAUGUUUUGAUGGACAUGGAACUCAAGCCACAUGAGGUGGAAGAUGUCAAGGGUACACUACGUUACAUGAUUAAGAAUCGUUUUCCAAGUGGCAACUAUCUCUCCAGUGAAGGAAGUGUAUCUGACCGGCUUGUGCAUUGGUGUCAUGGUGCUCCUGGAGUUGCUCUUACACUUGUAAAAGCAGCUGAGGUUUUUGGGGACACAGAAUUUUUGCAAGCAGCUGAAGAUGCAGGAGAAGUAGUAUGGAAUAGGGGUCUGCUUAAGCGAGUUGGAAUGUCUCAUGGCAUAAGUGGGAACACCUAUGUCUUUCUUUCUUUGUACAGAUUGACAGGAAAAAUGGAGUACUUGUACAAGGCUAAAGCAUUUGCUUGUUUCCUUCUUGAUAGAGCACAAAAAUUGAUCUCAGAAGGAAAGAUGCACGGGGGAGAUCGUCCUUACUCCUUGUUUGAAGGUCUUGGAGGAAUGGCAUGUACCUGUUUAGACAUGAUUCAUCCACAAAUGGCGAAGUUCCCGGGCUAUGAACUUUGAGUCACUUGAUACAUGAUGUAUUCUGACAUAUUUUGUAAAUAUGAACAAAAACCAACUCCGGAAAUUUGGCUCUGAAAUGUAAUAUGAUAUGUAUCGGAGUAAACAAUGAUGCAUGGUUCCAGCUCUUCAUGUUUUUUCCUUUUGGUCUAAGAUCAUCUGUAUCUAAAUAUCAUAUUAGGCAUUUGAAAAAUUGAUAAUAGCAUUCCAUGUUUAUCCUC